AAAAUGAAUGAUUGGUCGACUGAUAGAAACAAGCUGAGUCACAGAUGCAAGUAUAAAUAUGUAGCAAACACUGAACACUAGUGACAAUCAAACACAACAAAAUUUAGAAAACAAACUUUAUCUUAGACCCAAUUUUAGAAUAUUUAUUUUAAUAUAUGUAUUCAGGAGUAAUGGAAGGAAACACAAGAUGGAGUGUAAUAGAAGAAGAUAGAUGGAGAAAAGGACCUUGGACUUCUGAGGAAGACAAAUUGCUCAUUGAAUAUGUCAAGCUUCAUGGUGAAGGAAGAUGGAACUCUGUUUCUAGGCUUACAGGACUGAGAAGAAAUGGGAAAAGUUGUAGAUUGAGAUGGGUGAACUACCUAAGACCAGACCUUAAGAAGGGUCAUAUAACCCCACAAGAAGAAACCAUAAUCCUAGAGCUUCAUGCUAGGUGGGGAAAUAGGUGGUCAACAAUUGCAAGAAGUUUACCUGGAAGAACGGACAAUGAAAUAAAAAACUAUUGGAGGACUCAUUUUAAGAAAAAGACGAAAAGCCCUUCCGAUGAUGCUGAAAAGGCGAAAAAACGUUCUUUCAAGAGGCAGCAACAACAACAGUUGAAGCAUCAACAGCAACAGAUCCAGCAGCAACAAUUUCAAUUCAAUUUAGACAUGAAAGGGAUCAUAGACUUGUUGCUUGAUGAAAAUGAGUACUAUAACGUGCCUUCUACAUCUCAAGAAACACAAGAAAUGGUUUCCAUGUAUGCAGAUACACCAGAACAAAAGGGAUACUUUGACUCUAUGGUCAAUGAUAAUAAUGGUAAUGUCUAUGCACAAGAGUCUUCAAAUGAAGAAAUUUUGUGGGAUGGACUUUGGAACUUAGAUGAUGUCCUUGGAAAUUCAAUGCAGCUAAUGCUACAAGCAAAGCCAGCCAAUGUGCACAAUUUAGUUACUCCCUUUUGUUAAUAUUUUUUGUUUAAGCCUUAAUUAUGUUAAGAAUAGUACUAAAAAGCUUAGUGUUGAGACUAAUUUGAUGCAUAAACUUUGGACUCAAGGUAGUCAAUUAUAUUAUAUGAACUAUGAAGGAUAGUUUUUUGUGACCGUCU